AUGUCAGACACAGUUGUGGACACCAGCUCCAAGAUCACCAACAAGGAUUUGAAGGAGAAGAAGGAAGUGGUGGAGGAGGCAGAGAAUAGAAGAGAAGCUCCUGCCAAAGGGAAUGCUAGUGAGGAAAAUAGGGAACAAGAGGCUGACAAUGAGGUAGAUGAAGAAGAAGAAGGUGGGGAGGAGGAGGAGGAGGAAGGUGAUGGUGAAGAAGAGGAUGGAGGUGAAGAUGAGGAGGUGGAGGCAGCUAUGGGCAAGUGGGCAGCUGAAGAUGAUAAGGAUGAUGAUGUUGAUACCAAGAAGCAGAAGACCAAUGAGAAUGACUAG